AUGAUCGCGUUCGAGUCGCCCGCGGCGCCCGACCUGGACUGGGACGCGGCAUUCGUCAAAGGGCAUCGGGCCUUGGCCUGGCUUGCCAACGACAGCAGCAAGCCGAUGCGCUCGCGGGUGCCCGACUGCUGGAUGGCGUUCUCUACCCUCGAGUGGGCCCAGGGGGGCUGGACCAAGCACGAUGUUGAGGCGGCGCUGGUGAAGGAGGUGUGCAAGCUGCUGGGCCAGCUCACGGGGCGAAGCCCUCCGAAGGUCGUCUUCGCCCAGGCCGGCAGGUGGGGCAACAGCACGGCCUCUUGCCUCAGUGGCGCGGAGCCCGUCGGCGAGUUCCCGGCGCGCUGCUUGGCCCAGGAUCGGGGAGGGCCCCCCGCCGGCGAUUGUCUGGGAGCCCGCGGACGGCAUGGGCGCCUGCGGGGAUUGGGCCGCGGGCUUCUCCGUGUGCGACGCCUACGACGCUGGCGUCGCACUGGCCGGCGAGAUUCUGCAGCGCGGUGGCACGCGUGGUGGCACGCCCACGUGCAAGCGCGCCAGAGCCGGCGACGGCGACCCGCCGAGCAAGGAGUACAGGACCGACCCGGGCAACGGGGGCGCCUACACCCGGGCGGAGUUCGUCGACUUCUACGGUCAGGAGAGUGGAAGCGAAACUGGGACGCCGCCAAGGCCUCCUCGGUCGUCGCGAGCGAGCGUCCCGGCCCCGCACCCGAGGGCGCCGGCGCCGACGACCGGCCGGGGUCCGCCGCCCGAGGCGGGCGCAGGCGGUGGAAUCGCGCGGUGGGGGCGUAG